AAAUCUCAAAACAAUUUAACUAAUUCUCUAUCCACAUUUCCUUUAGUUCAACUUUCGGAUUCGUCUAAUCAUAUUGAUGAUGAAAAUCGGACUGAAAAAUUAGAGAAAAGAAUUAGUGUUUUAGAAUUAUUUUUAAGAGAUUAUGUGAUUGAAGCGCAGCAAUUAGAUAAAAUUCAUAAAAAUCUUGAAGACGCUAAAGAUAAAUAA